CUGUUCCAAUACUUAGAAUCUGGCUUUCCUGGACAACCUGGUCAGAAAGGAGCCAAUGGAGUUGCUCUGGUUUCGUACCGGCAGAAAACGCCAGGGUGCAUCCGCUGUCCUAUGGGUCCACCUGGACCACAAGGAAUUAUGGGUCCACCAGGAGAGCAAGGUCAAACAGGGGCACCAGGUCUUCCUGGUGCAACGUCCUAUCAGGGAGAACCCGGACCAUGUGGUCCCCCAGGAGAUCGUGGAAAUGCUGGCAAGUCUUAUUUGUUUAUUCUGCAUGUGAAUGCAGGUUUUCGUCGUUGUAUCUUUGAUCCAAUUAUUCGUAGAAUUUUCUUCGAUAGAUCUGCUCUGUUUUGA